UAAAAUGUUGAGUAGACGAGCAGCUGGUAGGCACGCCGUUUCCAUAACAACGCGAUCAGGAAGAACGGAAUACUGAAAGAAAAGGCGCAUUCGUUCGUAAAUUUAUAAAGAAUGUUGUUUAAGAUAACCUACAUUAGCUUCUCGCCUUCAUGGCUUGGUGAAAGUUGAAAGGCUCUAUCCUCUGACUGUAACAGCCUCGUUUGGUAAAGAUGUCGUUGUCCACGGCCAGAGCCAGUCCAGCGCCAAGCUCACCCAGGGGAGAGCAAGCAGACGAGACUGACCUGAGAGUCCAACUUCCAGCUCUGGAGAUCAGGAAGGGGCCACUUCCUGUCAAACAAGCAGCCAUCCCAGAUGAACUGCUGCUCAGCCUCACAUCCACUGUCUCCAAGAACACACAGGGCCACACUGCACAUCACCGAAGCUGUGAAAAUGAUGGAAUAAGACGGCCAGAUGGAGUUUGGCAUUAUCCGCUUGGACGCACCAAGUACAAAUACUUUCUGGAACAGCCAACAUCGCUGACAGAAGCCGGCAGGGAUAUUUCAUUCCUGUGCGAUGCUGUGCUUACACAGAAAAAGAUGACUGCUCUCCCACCACUGCAUGAGAAGAGCUGCAACGGAGACACAAACUACAGGAACUUGGAUGUCAAACAAAAUGUGAUCCCUGAAGAGUAUCGUAUUGUGAAGAACAAAGGAAUACGAUGCCUCCAGUUGUAUGAAGAUGCAUUCACAGUGCAGCUGAAAGAUGAGGAGCAGAAGUUACGAGUCCUCCCAUCACUGAGGCCCAGUGGCAGGCUGGAAGUGAUCCAGCUGAUGAGGAUGAUGGAUGACAUGCUGGAAAAGGCCGGAGUGGAUCAGGAGGACGAAGAGCUGACUGAUCUGUGCCAACUCGAAAGCUUGUUGGAACUGGUGAAGACAGAGCAGAACAUCUACAACAUCGUUUUCCAUGAACUGAUCAGGCAGGUGACCGUCGGCUGUGCUGAGAGAGGACAGCUCCUCGCCAAACUCAGGCAGCGGUACCAGUCUCUGCUGGAGCGAAUCCCCCGGCGCCUGACAUCGUUACACGCUGAGGUGGUAGCGCAGCGGGCUCUGGACCGUCGGCUCAUUGAGGAAAUUUACCACAUCAAGACAACCAUCCAGGAGAUAAACAUGGAACUAGCAAAAGUCAGAGACCAUGAUGCUUUUGUUUCCGAUAAGGUGCAGCACGCACAGGAGGAACUUGCCAAAAGCUACAAAGACACUCUCAGCUGCUCAGAUGUUGUCCAGGGUUACCACCGUAUGUAUGAGCUGCACAGGACUCGUCUGGAGGAUCAACUGCUAAAGAUGACGGGAGACAGAGACUAUUGGAGCCAGUUCACCUUCAACCUCGCCCUCAAAGUGAUUAAAGUGAAGAAGCUCCGGCUUGUGAGUGAGCUGUAUGUCAGUGAGGAAGGCUGGUUCAAGACAGCACAGGACUGCCUCAUCUACAUCUCCACACAGGAUAUAUGUGAUCUGGAUGUCAUAGUGGAGUUAACCAACAGGUGGAGAGAUCAGCUGAUCGACCUCAUGUUCUUUGUGAAGAAGAUUCAGCUUGUUCAGUUUGAACAGCUCUCCUCCAUACAGGGAGACGUCAAAAAGUGGCAUUAUUACAUCAGCACACAGAAUCUGUAUGAGGUUCCAGAAUAUGACGUUACAACACUGGCAGAAAUCCAUGAAGACCUAUGGAAGUGGUCAAAUAAGCUGUCACUUGCAUCUGAGGAAUGCCAAGGUGAAAGAAAGAUUUUAUUUAAGAAGAGACUGAGUGAACUCUACCACACCCUGGAUAAAUUUAUAAAAAUAAGCUUUCAUAUUGUUGAAAGACACACUUUCCCUGAUGUUGAGUCUGCCUUGAGCCUUAAGACUAUAAAAGAGCUGGAGAAUGACCUAAUUAAACUUCUCAAACAGUAUGACACUCAAGUCAGUGCGAUCCACCAACUCCUUGCAUCCUUGUUUAAACUGCUGGACUUCUGGGCUUCUGAAACUCAUGUUGUGCUGCAGCUGUUAUGUCCUCUGUCAGCGAUGAGCCCCUCUGAUUGGGCUAAACUGGAAGAAGCUUUGUCUAAUUGCCAGAACAUGUCUGCAGAGAUAUUUUUGUACUUCUCCUUCACACAAAAGGAAAAACAAACGGACCCAAAAAUGGUCCAAGAAAUCCCUGACUUGUACUCAGGGUCAGAAAAGUUGAUAGAUGAGGCUCAGGAGCUCCCAAAACGCCUGCUCAGCUUCACUGAGACUGAGAACAAGAAACUGCAAGAAGAGGUGACUUGUCUUCACAAAGGUCAAACAAACUGGAUGUUGGAUCUGUUGCUUCACAUGUUACCUGACCAGACUGAGGAAGAAGAUAAAUAUCUGAAACGUGAAGACAAAUUAGAAAACUCAAGACAAGCUUUAGUUAAGGAUGCAAAAAGGCUUUCUAAGAAAUUGGUCUAUUAUUCCAGAUUUAUUACCAGAUCAUGCAGUUUAAUUUUGGAGCAGUCGUUGGUGGUGGACCCUUAUAUUGCAGAGGUGGGAGAUAGGAGAAAACAGCUUAAAAAGCUGCAGACAGAUGGUAAUAAAUGGUUGGAAAGUGUAAAAAUACUGCUCAAAGGACUUAAUGAGCAAUUUGAGGAGGAACUCAUCGAGCAACCCGAAGAAACUUCAAGCAGCCCUCAGCCACCAGAAAGCAUGGAGACUCAGAUGACAACUGAAGAACCUGAAACAGAACAACAAGAGAGGCCAACAGUAAAGCUGAUAGACUAUGAUGGAAACAUCAUUCAAGUAUAUCAGGAUGACAACAUGGUCCAGCUGCCUGGGGGCAAUGAGCUGGUUAUGUGUCCAGUAACAGAAGAAGCUCAAAAAGCUUUCUCUGAUCUUACAACAGUAGUGCUGCUGCAGAAAGAACUAAGUGACUCUGAGAAGCUAACAAUAAUUGCUGAGAACCGAGCUCGGGCAGCCGAGGAGGCUCUGACUGAAGCGCUGAUUAAGAUUAAAGACCUGGAGAGAUUGCUCCAGAGACAGCCUGCUCCUGAGCCUCCAAGCAAAGAUGAGGAAAAGAAAACACCACCUCGUUCCCCACCUCCAGCUGCAGAACCAACUUCUGAAACAUAAUCCACAGCUGAAGCCAAACUAGAAAGCAACACCAUGAAGAAAACAUGUUGCGACUGUGUUUAUGUUUGAGGCUGUCUUAUUUAUUUGUGCUGUAUUUGGCAAAGAAGAAAAAUAUUAAUGGCUACAUUUAACAACCCACAACUUCUCAAAGUGUGAUGCAUAAAAAAAAAAAAAAACUGAAGAAACCAGAAAAGCAAUAUACAUUUACAGUAUGGAGAGGUUUUCUUUCAACGCCUUAUUAUUGUACAAGGAUACACCUCACUUCCUGAUACUGUGUGUGCUGUGCAUCUGCUUGCUGUGGGAUCUGUCAACCUUUUGUCCCUUCAAUGUCUCUCUUCCUGCUGUAUUAAUAAAUGUCUAUGCAAAUGUUCUUGGA